AUGCUCAUUACAGGAGGAUGUGGUAGAUUAUCGCCUGGAAUUGGAGAUAUUUCUUGUGUUAAAGAUCUUCAGACUGAGGAAAUUGUCACGACAAAAUUUCGUUGUUCACAAUUCAGCUCUCAUCAUUCCAAGUCAGACGGUUUUGGUUGGGUAAGUUUUUCAAGCAUCGAAAUAUUUCAUAUUAAAACUUUUUCCUUCACAACUUUUCUAAAUUUGAGUUAGAAUUAUACGUGAAAUUAAAUUUAUUAUAGGACAUGUUGAACAAUUGUUUGAACAGUCCAUGUUCAUUUGGGUUUGCCUUUCACAAAAAGUAUCCAGUUCAAAUUGACUUUUCAGGAGCUUUUAGGUAAAUAUCACAAAUAUCAGUAUUAUACUGUCUUCAACGAAGCUACAUCACGGCAAAACAAUGGUCUAAUAUUGCAUAUUGAAUCAUUUUAUUUUAAUUUACAGCUACAGUGCGUCUGGAAAUACCACUUCAGGAAUCACUCAUGAGUCAACCUCAUUUGUUGGCUGUGAAAAUCAUAAAGUGAGUUUCUUUUGGAGUCUUGGUUUUAUUAUACUGUGGUAAUAAUCCGUGGUAACCUUAAAAGUAAAACGUCAUUAAUAAUUCAUGAGUGAAUAAGUGAAUUAGCCAACCAUAUUACUUCAUCUUCCUCAGACGAUGAUACUGGAGACUUGGUGAAGUAUAUUGAUCGAGUCCUGGCAUUGAUCAAAAUUAUUUCAGUCCUAUAGGACCUGGUCAAAAUUACAGUAAUUGAGUUACUCUACUAAUGAUCUGUGAGAAUGAGAUUUCAUUUCAAAUCCUCAAACCCGGAUUAUUGAAUGGGAUGUUCUCCCAGUUAACUGGAACAAGUUACUAAGACCAGAUAUGAUUCAUAUCACAAACACCACAAAAAGUUGGUAUCAUUUUCCUUGACACUUUAGUGUUGCGGAUGUUUUGGUCCUGUUGGUGGCAAGAAAAACUACUGUGGUACUGAAUGCAGAGCUAAAAAUGGUGGAACUUUUGUGAAGAAUGUCUAUACAUGGUUUUGGGUGAGAUCAUCACUACCCAAAAGAGUCUGGAACAAAUGUAUGGAGUAUAAAGUGACUGUUGCUCAAGGGAAAGUGGUUUGGUACAAGUUAUAUAAUGGAAAUUCUAUUCCAGUGAAGGUCAGCCAUUAUAUUUGACAUUUGAUGAUGAUAACAAUCAUGCAGAUUAAUAUAAAUAUGCGAUAUUGAGUAUUAAAUUAGACGAAAACAAACCAAAAUUCAUAAUUUCAUUGUCUACCAAGUUUUUGUAGGUUUUUCUAGAAAAUAUAAACACGGUUCCUUGCAAAACAACACAAAAAUAACUAUGCUCCUCUGUGUCUUUUUAUAGGGUCGGUGUGAUCAGAAUGAAGCUCUUCUGAACGACGGUGUAAGACAAUUAUAUACAGUACUAAACAGAAAAUUACAUGACUAAUGCUUCUCCUAUAUUUGUACUAUAAAGUGUGUCAUGUCUCCAAUAACAAACUAAAUAACCUUAUGUUUAAUUUUAUAUUCACUGAUCCUCUAAAGAUUGUCGUUGUCCCAGAUGGUGCCGCUGCCCAGAAGGUACCGCCUGUGCCAGGGUUAUUGGAAUACCGUAAAGACACCAAGAAACUUUAUGUAAGAUCAAAUGGAACAUGGAAUGUGAUUGUUGAAGAAAAGAAGGUAACGUUAUAUUGUUCUUGAUAUAAAUUAACAUUAUCAGCAUCCAAUUUCUCCGUUCUGAUCAACCAGAAAUAUCAACUAGAAUGAAUAAAUUAUCUUAUCUUAUCUUAUCUUAUCUUAUCUUAUCUUAUCUUAUCUUAUCUUAUCUUAUCUUACUUAUUUAUUUAUUUACUUUACAACCUCUUUUAUGUAAACGAACAUAAACUUAUAUAUAAAUCAAUAAGAUUCAAGAGUUCAACAUAAAUGAAGAUAAAUAAAUUUGAAGACAUGAUUAACAGGACAAGAAUUCUAGAACUGUUAUUCAUGGAAUUAAAGAUAGUACAAACACACAAUUAACAUGCUGACACACUAAAUUAAACAAAUACUAACAUGAAAAGUGCAACUUUGAAGAAUAAGUUUUCGGCGUACGCAUCCAAAUAUCGAUUCAAGUUUACAGUAAACUACUAAGUAUACAGAUUGUGUUUGAAACAGGAAAUGAACCUGCAUUCAAGUAAGGACAUGAACUGGGAAAAAAAAAGUAACUUUCAUGAUUUUUAUCGUGUACUGAUGUAAAUCACGAGAACCAAGAAAUUUCCCGUUGGCUAUCACUAAUCUAGGUGUUGAGAAAAGCUGUGAAAAAGAUGAAUUAUAGUCUUUUUUUUUUCUUUUUUUUUUUUUUUAACACUUUAUUUAUUGAGGAUAAACAGAUAAAGUUACAACAUUUUUCCAAUCUGGUCCUCCUAAACUCUAUAUACACAACAACAAUAACAUUAAACAUGACUAUAUUCAGUACUUCCUAUAGGAGUAUGAACAAAUGAAAUCAUGGGUACAUUGUAAAGUAUUAACCAGUACUACAAUUCAGUUGUUCAUACCCCGAGAAAGCCCCAAUUUACUAAUUAGGCAAUUUUCUAACUAUGUCUAAAUUAUAUUUACAGUACAGUAUAACAAGUCGAAAUACGCGUUGACACACAACUCACAAGUGUCUAAAGUGACAUUAUAAACAUGACAGUAUUUGACACUUUCUCCAUGUACGAACAACCGAAAGUAGAUCAUGCUCAGCUAAAACUGCAGGCAUGAAUUUCGGCAGUUCGUACAUCAAGAAAGCAACCAACUUAUAGUCUUAAUAAAAGAGAAAACAUGCAAACAAACAAACACUAGAUGUUCUUAACAGCGAAUACACUGUCACUGAUACUUAUUGGACUAUAUACUUAUAUUAAACAAUUAAUUACUGAUGAUAUUUUUAGAUAUCUUAAUAAAGUCUAAUUGCUGAUAAAGGUUUGGAUCCUCAGUACAAACUUGAAACGCUCUUCAUAUUACCCGCUCUUGUUUCGACCCAGAUGAUCAUGAUGGAAUUGAAAUAGAAAGGCUACUUUGUUAUUUAAUAUAUUACAUUGGUACUUGGGUCUGUAACUUUGAAGCGUGUUUGUAUUUUGGAUAUUGUAAGUUUUUCUGGCUGUACCCACCACAACGUAUACUAAUGUAAAUAUUUUGCACAGGUAACCAUAAAACAUAAAACAGAUUUUGACCAACUGAAGAAAAGUUUGUCAGAACUCAAAUCACAGUUGGGAAAUGUGGAAAAGAUUCUCAAUGCUGACGGUUGGUAGUAGUGCGCUUAAUUUUGUUUAUUAUUCCUUCGCCAUCUUAAUUAUUUCAACGUUUACAAUGUUACUUGAACAUGGUAAAUUUUAAUUAUGUAAUUUUUUACAUUCAUGUUUUAGUAGUUUCAGAAAUACGAGUUUGAUUGCACUACGCAAAAUAGAUUAAUUAAUUCAGUUGGCUCUCUAUGUACAGUUUGUACAGUUUAAAAACAUGAUUUAUAUCAGGGCCGCAGGAACCGGGUGGGGGGAGGGGGUGUGGCUGCCAAUAUUUUAUAAAGGGGGAGAGCAGCUUUCGGUCAAAGAUAAGUCUCCACUGGUUGUGGUGAGGGGUUUACGUUAGAUGCCACAGGUUAGGGGGUUAUGGUCAGGGGGUUAGGGUGUGGGGUGAGGGCACAGAAUACUACACAGAAGUCCAUCUCCAUUGUUUUUUCGUAAGCGUUAUUCGUCAUGAUUCGUCACUCGGCAAGUAUCGUAAACAGAAGCAGUCCCCCCUGGAAAUACUCAAAAUGGCGCACGUCCAGGGGAGUGGCUGCUUGUGUUUACGGUACUUGCUGAGUGACGAAUCACGACAAAUAACGCUUACGCGAAAAACAAUGGAGAUAGACUUCUGCGUAGUAUUCUGUGGUCAGGUAUUCAAAGCAAAAAAAAAAACCUGCACCGUAUGAUGUACCACAUAGAUUCAUAAAUGCUCAUGUAUAAUAUCAUACGAAACUAACGAAAGAAGAAAAUAGAUUCUGUUCACACAUUAUUACCCAGAAAAUGAUCAUAUCGAGUCGAUUUUUUAUGACGUUAGCAACUUCAACUCUAUUCUAGGGGCGUUUUAUUUUGCAAAUUUGCUAAGCAUAGUGUCGAUUACGAGUAGUUAUACUCGAUUAUGAAAAUUUCAAGAAAUUCUACAAGACAGAUUUUCUGUCAUCGCAUUCAUUGAACCUCCCUUCACAUUUUAAUGUUUUUCUUGCAUCGACAAUAAAUUUUCAAAAAAAUUUUUGAAAACGAUGGAAAGAAAGAUUAAUAAUAAUUGCGAAAUUAGACAAUAAAGUGCAAAAGAUAAAACGACAUGGUUUCAUGGUCACACUGACACUGUUCCUAUUUGUUAAUAUAUCCACAGCACAAGGAUUCUGAACUUUCCUGGAAAUGGUCAUACUGCCCUGCCUUACUCAGGUAGAUUAAUGCCUGGCUCCGGCCACGUAUGGACUUUACAGCGUGACGCGCGAGCCGCGCGUGUUUUGCCAACCUUUCAUGGUUUUCAAAUUGGCUUGACUUCGAAAGCCACUUUUCCAGGAACGUAGCGAAGCAUCUGAAGUUCGGGAGGGGGGGAGGGGUGUCGGAGGAUUUUACCUGAAAUUUGAACUUCAGUGUUAAAAAAUUACCUGAAAUGUAAUAAUUAUAAUAAAGCUUUUUGUGAUUGAUUUGCACUGUCGUACUAAGUUUCGGAAGAAAAGGCCGGGGGUCUGGGGGUAACCCCCCCCGAAACUUUUUACAUUUUUGAAGCUCUAGGCGGACUGCAUUUCAGGCGUUCCCUAAAGCAAAUUCGCAAACGAGUUGCAUGUAAAUUGACUGUAUUUUACAAAAAUGGUUAUCAUUUCACAAAAAUUGGGACUUUAUUACGCAAAUUUUAGUUGAAAAUGUUAACAUUUUAACUUGAAUUCUACCUGAUCUUUACCUGAGUUUCACAGUCGGGGGAAUUUACACACACCCCGCCACACACACACACACACCGGUCGCUACGUACCUGGCUACUUCAUUUGGCGGUUUAGUUCUAUACGAAUUCCAACAGUCUUUUGUAGAAUAUUUUGGGAUUUUGAUUAAUGCUCGACAACUGGCCUCAGUAGCGCAGUUGGUUAGAACGCUGCACCGGAAUCGCAGGGCCGAAGGUUCGAUUUCUGCCAGGGACCUAAUUAAAGACGCAUUUUUCCCUUCUGUUCCUGGUUAGGUCUAAUAAGUGUAUAUAAAUUUUCACUCGAUAAUUUCCAUCUACAAGACCCUUCAACUAUUAUUAUUCAAUUGCGCGAGAUGCCAACAAAAUCUUGAUACAUAAAUAACAUCCCAUCUCAAAUAUCUUAGUCAACUUGUGCAUGCAGUUAUAAAUGUGUAGUUGUUCUAAGGCUAUACAGGUCACCCGGAUAAAAAAUUUUCAGCUUCUAUCUACUUUUUACAACAUAAUCUUAGGGAAAAGUUGUGCUGAUCUCUAUAAAUCUGGAGUGAGAAAAGAUGGUGUUUACACUAUCAACCCUGAUGGCCAAGUUGGAUCUUUCCAAGUCAGAUGUGAUAUGCAGACAGAUGGUGGAGGGUGGACAGUGUUCCAAAGACGACAAGACGCAAGUGUAGAUUUCUAUCGUGGAUGGCAAGAUUACAAAAAUGGUUUUGGUGAUCUUAACGGGAAUUUUUGGCUUGGAUUAGAUCGAAUACAUCGUUUGACAAAAUUAGGACAAAAUGUUCUAAGAGUGGACUUGAUGGAUUGGAGUAACGAAACAGCGUACGCAAAGUAUGGAUCAUUUUCUGUGGCGUCUGCAGAGUCUGACAGAUAUAGACUGAACCUAGGUAGUUUUUCAGGUAAAUCUGAUUUAAUAAAUAAAAAUUUUUAUAAAAUACUGUAUAAUUAGUGACAAAGCCAGGGAUAGGGUGGGCCUUAUAUGCCUCAACGUCAUAUUCAGAGGCAACGAUUCGCUGCAGUCUGCACCUAGCGACACAAUUUUGAACACAAAGCCAUGUUAUCUAAAACGUAUAGUCGCACGGAAAAUGUCGGCAGAAUAAAACGUGCGCCAUGCUAACAAUUUCUCAGUGACUACCAGUGUUGUAACGAGUCGAGUCAUUGACUCGGACUCGAGUCGCUAUUUUCAGCGACUCGACUCGAGUCCAAUACGAAAAAUGACUCGACUCAACAGCUCCAAAUGACUCGACUCGGACUCGACUUCUGUGAACAAUAAGAACUACGUACAGAACUUUAUCAGAAAACAUAUGGGGAUUUGCAUGCCUAUUAAAUUUCUGUUUUUAGAAACAACGCUAGCGCUUGUGCCACAGUUUUUAAAAUGGAGUCCCAAAAUUUUGUGUACUUAUAGUAAUUUUGACCGGCUCUUCUCAUUAUUGGUAUUUAUGAAGUGCUAUAUCAUUUUAAAUUAAUUAACUUACAAAGCGUGAUUAAUUAAAGUAUAUUCUUUAAAUUCUGACUCGAUGCAGUCAGGGGCGGCGGAACAGGGGGAGGCUAGGGGGGUUAAAGCCCCCCUCCCAGAAGUAAAGCCCCCCCCCAGAAAAUUUAGUUUUUUCUGGAAAACUUUGAUAAUUAAGGAAAAAUUUAGGUUGUUUUUUGAAAAUUUAUGUAUAAGGGAAAAAAUUUGCCGUAUUUUGUUUAAAAAUUGUGUAUUUCCUGAAAAAUUUUUUGUUAUGUGUCCGGAAAAAUUUUUUUCAUCCCUUUUCUUGUAUAUGUCCGGAAAAAUUGUUGUACCCCUAAAAUGGUACACUGACCGAAAUUUGGUUGGGGGGGGAGGUCACGGAAAAAAAUUUAGCCCCCCCAGAAUGAAAUCUGUUCCGCCGCCGCUGCAUGCAGUUGCAAGUUAUGUUAGUUGUAUGUACUGUACAAUCAGCAGGCAUGAUGAGACAUCUCAUAUGGUCGUACUUAAUAUUGACUAGAACUGUGACAUUGGUACAGCCUAGCUGCCCAGAUAUUCUUUUUAAAUGAAUAAAGUAAUUAGCUUAAAAGGUAGAUUUGAUUACUAAUUUCAGACCACAAGCUAUACACCCUUUUCAUAAUUGGCUGCCGAUUAAAAAUUCUUUUAUGUGCAUAUAAAUUGGCCCAAAUAGCCUCGUACUCAUGUUAAGAUUUCAAAGGAAUUUCUACCCAGAAACGAGGCUAGUUGGGCAAUUUAUAUGCACAUAAAAGAAUUUUUAAUCCGCAGCCAUUUAUGAAAAGGGUGUAUAGGGUAGCGAACCAUUACAUAAAGCAUGAUUGUGAUUGUGAUUAUUCAGCUCACUCCCCAUCGGGGUUUUUCAGUGACCGAUUACAUCAAGUAUUACGCUUACUUAUAUUACCUACUAUUAAAGCUUAGAGAAGAUCUUGAAGGGGUAAAAUGGGAACUGGGAUUUGCUUAUUUUUGGGUGGGAAAAUAGGAUUUCAUGCACUGGGACUGGGAUUCAUCAGCAAAAAACAAUAGAAAAUGGGAAUGGGAUUAAGAUUUGAGCAGGACAGCCACUGAGAUGAUGGGAUUUGUGCUCUGUGACAGUGAGAUUUAGUCAAAAUUUGGGCUGGGAAAUGGGAAUACGACCCCCUUUCAGGACCCUCCUUAGACUAUUUAUUUUUACAACAAUUGUGAUAUUACUUUCCUAACUAUGUUUAUCGUGACCUGACCUAACCCAACUUUCCCUGUGGGAGGAAUUGAAACCAGAGCGCCCGGAGAAAAUCCACGACUUUCGGCAGAGCGUUGACUGACUCUUUUCACAUGAGUUUAUGCACGAGUCCAUAUCGAGACUCGAACCUACGAUCCCAAAGGUGAAAGGUGAUUCCUCUAUAACGACUGCGCCACCGAAGCCCUAGCUAUAGCGUGGGGUGGACUUGAUCAAAUUCCCUGAUUCAAGAUGCAACACUAUAUGUAGUACGCAAGUAUUGCGGUGUUUAAAUAAUCUGUGAAAUUAUUAAGGUUGUAAACCCAAAUCAUGGACACUGAUUUAAAACAUUAAAAUAUACAUGUUCAAAAAAGUUAUAGCGAUUGAAAAUUAAACCUCAAUACAUAAAAAUGGCAAACAUUUAAAUUUGUUGAUAUGAUUGAAUAUAGACAUUUUGAAUUUUAAGCAGAAGCUGAGAGACAUCACAUACACUAAAAUCCAAAACUUUCAAAUGUUUUAAGGAAGUUUUAUAUCUAAGGUAAUGCUGGUGAUUCGUUGGCAUAUCAGAACAGGAUGAAGUUCUCUACCUACGACAGAGAUAAUGAUCAAGAUAGCACCAACUGUGCUGCAUACAACCAAGGUGCUUGGUGGUAUAAAUCCUGUCAACACUCCAACCUCAAUGGUCGCUACCUCAAGGCAGGGGAGAAAUCUGCGAAAGGAACAAGAUGGUGGCACUGGAAAAAGGACGAAAGAUCCAUGAAGAAAACUGAGAUGAAAAUACGUCCUACUGGAUUUUAGAAAUCCCAGGAACACGUUUUCUUCGCACACUGAACAAUUGUGUAGUUACAAGAGAAAAAGAAGUUAAUUAAUUCAUCAUGUAUACACCAGAUUGAAGAGAUUCCUAGAUAACGAGCUGUUGCAUUACGGAUAGAUACUAUAUAUAAGCACUCAGUCUGGUAUGUAUCGCCAAUUAUGCAGUCGUAAUGGCCAAACCUAUAGUUCAGGGAAAAAAUAACACUAAAUUUGUGAGAGUUUAUGGUAGCAUGCAUGAGUGGAUUCUAUGUGAAUUUGUUUGUUUAAAAUCUUCUACACUACAGACAAAAAAAUUAUACAUAA